AUGGGAGUAGAGGAGAAAUUAGUGACAGUGGCGGGGACGCCAUUGGGGGAGAGGAUUGGGAAUGGUGAGUGGUGCCAGGAGGAGAGGGCAGUGAGAGAUCGGAAUCUCCUCCAGGUUCAAGACCAUGAUCAGCCCAUUCUGUGGAAAGUGCAGUUCAACUUGGGCAAUAGCAGUCGGCCCAGCAACCAGUGCCGGAACUCCAUUCAAGGGAAGCACCUCAUCACGGACGAACUAGGAUACGUUUGUGACAGGAAGGCUUUGCUGGUGAAUGGCUGCUGUAACGUCAACGUCCCGGGCACCAAGCAGUACUGCUGUGAUGGCUGCUUGUCCAAUGGCUGCUGCAGCGCGUACGAGCACUGCGUGUCCUGCUGCCUGCAGCCCAACAAGCAACUUCUCCUGGAGCGCUUCCUCAACCGGGCAGCUGUGGCAUUCCAGAACCUCUUCAUGGCAGUCGAGGAUCACUUUGAAUUGUGUUUGGCUAAAUGCAGGACCUCAUCCCAGAGCGUGCAGCACGAGAACACCUAUAGGGAUCCCAUAGCAAAAUAUUGCUACGGAGAGAGCCCUCCUGAGCUCUUCCCAGAGUGAUGGGUGCAGAAGACUUGCUGAGCUCACGCAGCCGAAUCACUUGCAGCCUGAAGCCAGGCCUCAGCCAUCGCUGGUCCCUUGGAAGAAGAGAGAGGUGUUGUGCAGAAACCUUGGCUUUGAACACUUCUUGGGCUACUCUUUGGCUUCACUCCCUGACAGGCUUUACGAGAUGGGACUGUUCCGUAAAGCAGCUUGGAAACACCGAGUCACAUUUGAAAAAGACAAAACUGCAGAUGACCUUGCGGAGAAUUUGGCGCUGUGGCCACCUCCACCAUUGUAGCUGCUUGGGGACCGACGGUCAUUCAGUGCUCAUCUGGACCCUUCACUGUAAAGUUAUUUAUUGGAUUUCUUUGUAGUAUUGGGAAAAUUAUAAUUUUUGUAUUGGGAAAUGCCUUGAUAGUCGAAUAUAUUCAAGGAAAUUGUUGUUGCUGUUGUUUUCUUGUGUUCUUGAGUUUCAUGAGUUAAAUCAUCCCUUCACCCAGAUAAAAUGGCCUCUAAGAACGUGCGUGUUCUCUCAAGGUAGUUAUUUUGGUUUAGUUUUAUCAGCAUCCUCAGGAGUGGGCCCUGAACACCGUAUGCUGACAUCUAAAAUUGUCUGCAAUCUCAAAGACACUGUUCCAUUCUAAUCUGGUGCCAAGUUUCCAGCAGCUGGCACCAUGUGCUUUCAGAUUUUUUUUAGAGAUAUCUGGGAUACUUGUAUACCUCUGUGUGAGCAUCAUUUUAAAGGGAGUCUGACAUACUGUUCCAGAAGAUUUUGUUCUUGUUUCCUUUGAAGCAACUGGUCUGCUCAGCUGUGGUCCAGGGGAGCCUCGGGACCAUCACCACAGCCUCCUCUCCUCCUGUCAUGGGAACCUGGUGUCAAGGCGAUUCCUCCAUGGUGCUGCAUCUAGCAGCUGGCUAUAAGAAGUUUUCCUUUAUUGCUUUCAGCUUCGUGAAUGUUACAGGUACAGACAUUCGGUUUCCCUAUGAUUUGCAAAGAAGAAGAAAACCCAGGUUUCUGGCAAGGAGCUGUAAGAGACUCAGCCACUGCCCUCAGUGGGGUGAGUGAACGAGUGCCGGAAGUGCGAGCUGCUGGUCCACAUGCUCCAGGUGUGCCCUGUGUUUCUAGAACAACACUAAACCAAUUGGUUUGAAAUGUUAGAUCCCAAGAAAUGUAUUCAGCUUGCAGGGGACUUUUUGGGAACUCUGUAUUCCUUGGUGCUAAAGCAAACUGUAUGUGAAAGAAGUGCAUCUGGACGUUCUGCCAUCUCAUCGUCUGCCGUAAUUGAUGUGAGAUUUGAGUGUGUUUGCUGUGGUCACUGGUAUCAGCCUCUCAUUUGAGCUUAUUUGAACUCUUGAGCAAUAUAACAUUUAACGUGAAAGGAGUUACGUCAAAGGUUACCCGUGGAUGUUAACUUUGUACGUGAAUAUUGACUUGGCACACUUUGCAUUUUUCAUGCUUCCACAAACAGUAUCCACAGCCCGUGAUAGAGAAUUAAGCUCACUGUGUUUCCACCUCCUAGAUGAGGCAAUAGUCAGAGGUGAAGUGACUUCUCAGAGUCCCCGCUGAGAUUUAAUGACAGAAUCAAAACAAGAACUUCAUCUGGGUCCCGGGUCCACUGUCCUUCCCACUGCCUCUCGCCAGCUCCAAUGCUGACUCAUCCAUAAACAUCCCCCUAAGAGCGUGUAGAUUUCAGUUGUCCAGGCCAAAAGGGGAGAGGUGGCACAAAUGGCCAGAUUGGGUCGAUAAGCCAAAGGUCAUUUUCAUUUGGCCCUGAAAUAUGUUUUUUGUACUUAAGUCAGUUAGGGGCAUGUUCACUGUUUUGGAAACUCCCGAUGCUGCAGAGGACAUAAUGAAAUCACCCAAGAACCUGGACUGGCAUCCCCAGCCUUCCAACCCAGGACCUCUCCCUGCUCUCCAAACCCUGGUUUGUUUCUGGUUGCCCUGACUGAGGGUUUCUAGAAUUAGAGACCUUGUCUUGGUUUUGUAUGCCCAGAACCUAGCAAAGUGCAUGAUACACGCUGGAAUUUUAGGAAAGGAUCAAAGAAGGGACAUAACACCUUUAAUUUAGAAAAAGAUUAUUAAAUAUUGAGUGUUUGAAGCUAAACGUAGUUGGGUAAUUCAAAGCUUUUCCCCCAAUUCUGAAUCUUAAUCACUGUGCUUCCUGCUGAGGCAGUAAAGAUGAAAUAUGUCAACUGGGAGAGGAACAACCAGUAAAGUGGGGAAAGGGCGCUGAGAUGGGCAUGAACAAAGGAGAGAAUGACCUGCCUCCACGGGACCAGGGACUCUGGGUGGCUUUGCUGGAGCUGGCAUUGAAGGAGAGCUUGACAGCUCUUGGGAAGCAGAGGAUGGUUUUAGAGCAGUGAAUGUGAUAUCAGACUGCUGCUCCUAAGAACCAAUGUGGGGGGCCUUGGGGCUAUAUCUUGGUUGGUGUAGCUGCAAAGGAACUCAGGAAGGGUCACAUCAUAUCCUUUUUCCAUCCAGAUUUAUAGAUAAAUUGUACAUAUACAGAGAUGCUGCCCGUUUUGUAUCCUCACAGUAAUUUUAUUACUAUUUUUAAAAGAAUUCAUGGUAAAGAUAAAAAAUUUCAGAUUAAGAAAUAUGUAGAGAUGAAGUAAUAAUCUAAAAUCACAUAUCCUAGAGAUAAGUCCGUUGUUUUCCCUCAUGACUUUGUAAGCAGAAGUGAGAGCACUUUUUCCUCUUGAAAACGGUCCUAUAAUGGACAUCCUUGUAAGUUACAAAUAGGCCCAUAUAAUGUUUAAUACAUGGUGUCAAUUUCAUGGAUAUACAAUAAUGUUAUUAAUCCCCUGCUGAGCACGUUUAGCUUACUACCUUUUUUGCUAUUACCAGUAAUGUGUUGAUAAUAUGCUUUUACAGACACAUUUUUAUAUUUGAUAACUUCUCACCAAUUUUUACUCUCACCUGUACUACAUGGGAGUCUCUUUUGCCAUACUCUUGAGAACCCUGUUACCAUUUUUAACUCUUUACUGAUGGAUCUCAGUGUCCUAAUUUGUAUUUAAUUUCUAGUGAGGUGAGCCCUUUCCCAUGUUUUGGUUGGCCGUUUAUUGUUCAGACAUGAAGUGCCUCUUGGUGACCCUCACAGCAUUUUUGCAUGAGAGAAGCCUAAGCCCCUUUCCUUUCCUUCCUCAGCCCUGUGCUACACCUACCUACUGUGUAUACAGAAGCAAGUAGCUCCUGUGUUAACUAACUUUUCCAGCUGAUGGAGGGCAGCGAACAGGGCCAGUUUUGUCUGGAGACAUUUUUGUCAUAAUGGUGGGGAUGUGGUACGUCGAGUAGAUGGAGGCCAGGGAUGCUGCCUGAACACCCUGCCAGGGCCCAGGACAGCUCCCAGGACACAGCAUUACCCGGUUCCAAAUGUCAGCCAGAGGCCCUUCUCCCAGGUCGUGUUUCCCCCUUAGGUUGAACAGAAGAGCUGCAGGAGCUGCAGGCUGACUUUAUUAUGUCCCUGCCCUUGCUUUCUGCGGAGCUGAAGUGCUGCUGAUUAAAUUAUCCUGAAAUCCCACAGGACCUGCUACUUCCUCGCAGGUCUCUCGCAGCCCAGUGCUGCCUCCAGGAACAACAUUAUUACUCUGCUAUGGUGUCCUUCGCACACUGACACGACCCAGGUGCCGGCACCCUCCCCUCUGCAGUGACCUGGAGGUUUAUAUGCAGCGCCCUCCCCCUCCCCUCUGCAACCGAAUUGCUUUCCCCAGGACUGCCACAGCAGCUCUUUUCACGGAGGGACUUGAGUGGUGGGGGGAGGGAGGAUGGGAAAUGCCACUGCAGAUUCCACUUGGAAAACUAGUCAUUCUAUAAAAAGGUACCACAUAGUAAAUAGUAAUUAUUUUUAAAAGCCAGUGGUGUUAGGAGAGUUCUUUCUACACACUUUUCCAACUAGCAUGUCACCGCAUUGUCUCCCAGGCCUUUUCCUGUGGGCCUUUUUCUUGCAGUUUGUCCGUGGUGUGAGUACAGUUUUGGGUCCCUGUUUUCUCUCAGUCACGUGUCUGCGACGUUCCUUGUCCAGUCUGCGUCCACAUGAAGAACAGGAGAGUGGAACCUCAUCACUUACCUGUGUGUAUACACCUUGAUUCAGGUCUUUGUUAAAGCAGGAUGGCUGGACUUUGUACGAUGAAAGUACAGCCUUUAAUAUCAUAAUAAAACAAUGUGGCCAGUUACAACCGAUGGGUGAAGCAGUUCAUUUAGAUAUUUGAACAGGAGUCCAGUUCUAUUUUUUCUUAGGACUGACUGCACGACUUGGGGCCCCAAGGGACCAGAACACAUCACUGCUAGAAAUGCAUUGUUUGUAAGUGGGUGCUUUCAGAGGUUUUUGAUAGGGUGAAUAUUUUUUGCAGUCUUUGGACCUUUUUCAUUCAUAAAUUUUUUAUGUAGAGUAGGCUGGCUCUGGUCAGCUUGCAUUCAGAUUAUCACAGAAUUGUAGUAUUGGCUAAAUGAGAAAUCACCAUUAUCAGUGAAAUUGAUUUCUUGCAGAGCCAAAAUUCUGAUUUUUGUGACCAAAGAGCCCACCACGUGUUUUGUGACAGAGCUCGUGUCUCCCAGCAGCUGGUCCUUGGCUUUGGCUCUCACAGGGUGUGUGGAGACCAGCCAUCUGGAGCCCAUUUCCCUCAAACCAGAGCUUCCCCCUCUCUUGAAGAUUACAACUGGGGCGAGCCAUUUUCUGCCUCUUCCUCCUCAAAUUUUAAAUAGACACCAUAUUCUUCUCUGCUGGGACCAACUUAUCAUGUAUUGCCGCUCUGCACCUGUGCAAACAGCUGCUGUGUUUUCCAUCAUAAAAACAGCUGCAUUUGGCAGGGAAGCACAGGACUGUACUCGGUAGCUGCACCUUAAUCCAGUGCUAAAUUAUUUAGGUGUGCUUAACCUGAGAUACCCGGAGCGCCGUGGAAUUCCUAAUAAGGGCUUCUGCAGUCAUUGCUGUAAAAGGUCAUCUUCUCAUUUCUCCUGUGAUUGCAGGUCAGAAAUCUUAAAAUGUAGCAAUUACAUUUUAAAAAUGUGUGAAAUUACAAAGAAAUUAAAUUGUGCCAAAUUGAUUCCUAUACCCCACAGAUAACCACUAAUUAAAGUUUUGAUGUAAAGUUUUGCCUGUA